AUGAACAAGGGAAAGAUUUUUAAGCUAGCUAAGGGAUUCAGAGGAAGGGCGAAAAAUUGCAUAAGGAUAGCAAGGGAGAGGGUGGAAAAGGCACUGCAAUAUUCAUACAGGGAUCGACGCAACAAGAAGAGAGACAUGCGAUCUCUUUGGAUUGAGCGCAUCAAUGCUGGUACACGCCUCCAUGGGGUGAACUAUGGCAAUUUCAUGCAUGGAUUAAUGAAGGAGAAUAUCCAACUCAACAGGAAGGUACUCUCAGAGCUGUCAAUGCACGAGCCAUACAGCUUCAAGGCUCUUGUCGAUGUAUCUCGCAAUGCAUUUCCCGGCAACAGGCCUGUUCCUGCUAAGGAGGGGCUAGCAAGCAUUCUGUAA